AUGGAUGAUCGAGGUGGAGUCUUCAGGGGUCAGGUGGAAGUUGAUGAAGAUUUCAGAUCUUAUUUUGAGAGGUUGUUUUCUACCUCAAACCCUAACACAGCUGCUAUGGAGAAGUGUCUACAGAAUAUAGUACCUCGGGUGACAAGUGAGAUGAAUGAAAGAUUAAGUAGACCUUUUAGCAAGUUGGAGAUAGAAGUUGCUAUCAAAAGCAUGGCUCCUUUGAAGUCACCAGGUCCUGAUGGUUUUGGUGCUUGUUUCUACCAAAAUCAUUGGGCAACAGUGGGGGAUAAGGUGUGCUUGACAGUCUUAGAUUUGCUAAAUGGUAAAACCCCUUUCUCUUCAGUAAACCACACGUUCAUUGUCUUGAUUCCCAAGUCUAAGGAUCCUAAAUUGGUUACUGAAUAUGGGCCUAUCAGCCUAUGUAAUGUGAUUUACAAAAUGGCUUCCAAAGUGAUAGCAAACAGACUCAAAGAAGUGCUGUCAGCAACUAUUUCAGCCAAUCAAAGUGCCUUUAUCCCUGGUAGGAUCAUAACUGAUAAUGUUAUGGUGGCUUAUGAGGUUUUACAUUCGAUGAAGGUGAGCAAGAAGGGUAAAGAAGGCAGUAUGGCUAUCAAACUGGAUAUAUCUAAGGCUUACGAUAGAAUUGAGUGGCCUUAUGUGACUGUUGUUAUGAAAAGGCUUGGGUUUUGUGAUGAGUGGACAAACUUAAUUCUGAAAUAUGAUUGCAUCCUUUUUGGUAGAGCCUCGGUGGAAGAAUGGAGGAAGAUGCAGGAUUCAUUGCUCAUAUAUGAAAAAGUCUCAGAUAAAAGGAAGAUUCUUUUGGAAGGUGGAGCUAUUGUGCAAGGCAGUUAUGAUAAGUACUUGGGUCUACCUACUAUGGUAGGUAGAUCAAAGUAUAACACAUUUAGAAGCUUAAAAGAUAGCGUUUGUCAAAAGAUUAGCAAUUGGAAGAAUUUCUUCUUGUCAGGGGCGGGAAAGGAAGUUAUGAUAAAAGCUGUCCUACAAGCAAUUCCAUCUUAUACUAUGAGUGUCUUCAUGUUACCUAAAAGGCUGUGUAAAGAGAUCAAUGUAAUGCUGUCCAGAUUUUGGUGGAAAAGUCAGAAGAAUUCCAGUGGUAUUAUCUGGAGGUGCUGGGAGAGAAUGAGCCAGUCAAAAGAGGAUGGAGGUUUGGGCUUUAGAAAUCUGGCCAGUUUUAAUAUAGCACUCCUGGCUAAGCAAGCAUGGAGAAUACUUCAAAACCCAUUCUCUAUGGUUGCCACCAUUUUCAAGGGAAAAUAUUUCAGAAGUUCAUCCCUGUUGGAAGCAAAGUUAGGCAGAGUUCCAUCUCAAAUAUGGAGAAGCAUAUGGAGUUCUUUAGACCUGCUUAAGGAAGGACUAAGGUGGAGGGUGGGGGAUGGCCAAAUGAUUAAUAUAUGGGGUCAAAGGUGGUUGCCAACACCAUCUUCUUUCAGUGUCCAAUCUCCUAAUCCUUUUCUGAAUACUUGUGUUAAAGUUAAGGACCUUAUGCUUGAGGGAAGGAAGGUAUGGAAUGAGGGUUUCAUAAAAUCAAUCUUUUCUGAGGAAGAGGCUGAUAUGAUAAUCAGUAUCCCUUUAAGUAAGAGGGACGUGGGUGAUAGAAUGAUUUGGGGACCUUCUAAGAAAGGGAAUAAUCUAUUAGCUACCAGGAAAAACUUGAUGACGAAGAGGAUUGUGGAAGAUGCUAGAUGCCCUAUAUGUUUGCAAGAGGAAGAAACAGUUCUACAUGUUCUUUGGCAAUGUCCUGCUGCAAAUGAUGUAUGGUCAGGAUCUGUCAAAUCAGUUCAGAAAUAG